CACAAAGGGGGGGAGUUACAAACAAGAUCAAGGUGAUGACAAUGGCAAUAAGGACAUAGAUAGAUGAGGUUGUACAAACGAAAAAAAAAAAAAAGACACAAGGUUUGACAAGCAAAAGUUCACAAGGGCUAGGCUUGCUGGUACGUACAGUCCCCGAGAAAAAGGUAGCCAAAAAGCUAGCUCGAUCUCUCCCCAAGUCCGAUGGUCUUUGUCUCGCUUCCUUUGGAAUUGCGCUGCAGGAUAGGGUGUUCCAGCCGGACGCUCCCUUGAUGGUGCCCUAUGUCUCGGCCGAUGUGGGUGGUAGCAGCCCAAAACCAAUUGCGGCUCGUGGAAAUGGGAUUAACGCACAAAGGCGCAAGGGGUUGAUUGGGAUCUUGGCCAACGGAGCUGACGGUCAAAAGUUGGGAGUGACGAAGAAAGUAAGAAAAGGGAGAAAGAGGGGCCAAAAGCUAUCUCCACGACUAGCUUGGCUGGCACGAGUUCUAGGCGGUUGUUUGCGGCUCGAAGCUCAAGCAACAGCAGGAAGUUUGUCUCCUCCUCGCCGUCAGCAAGAGAUGAUCGGGCAAUUGCUUCGCGUUCCUCUGGGUGGGACCGAAUCGAGGCCUGAAGGCGCUGCGGCCAGUCGGCAGCUUGCGAGUGGCUGCAAGGCAGUUUUUGUCCGAGGUCGGGAGGAGAGGGAGCGAACAGGGGGGGCCAAACAAGUGCUCGUAGCACUCGAAUAUAGCGGUGGCAGGGGGAAAUGAAAGGAAGACAAAGAAAAAGAAAGGAAAAAUUGUAGAUGAUACAGCUGAAGGGCCCAGCUGAGAAAUGAAAGGGGGGGUUUAGACGAUGAAUUAGGCGAGAGAGGAAGAAGCAGAAAAAGGAAGAAAA